AUGAAUUCCGAAUAUUCUCACUUGUUUGAGAGGUUGCAUGAACAAUUGGACCAGGUAGAAGAAUCUUUGCAGCCUUUAAAAGACUCAGAAUCCAUAUUUGAUCUUGUGGAAGGAAAAGACGAUGUCGAGCAAGCCAAGCAGUAUGUUAGUCUAAGCUAUGCCAUCAAUUCGGCUUUGUAUUCGUAUUACAAACUCCAUGGCACUUCCACCGACGAGUCUCCCAUCAUGUCUGAAUUGCAGCGCGUCAAGCAAUAUGUUGGAAAAAUCAAACAUGCUGAAAAGCAAAUCCAGCCUAGCUCAGAAGACAAGAAUGAACAGCGUCCAAAAGUAGCCAAAGAUGCAGCUUCUAGAAUUAUCAAGCAUCAUACUUAG